AACAACUACAACAACUACAACUCCGACGACUACAACUACUACGCCAACAACUACCAAAACAACGCCGACAACUGCCACUAUACCAUCCACUGCUACGCCGACAACUACCUUUGCGGCAUCCACUACUUCGCCGAUCACAACUACAACAUCUAACACACCGACAACUUCCACUGUUGCAAGUACUACCAUGGGCUUUUCAGACCGAUGCAUAGAAAUUGGCUUGAAAUGUGAUCAGAAUGCACGAUGUGAAAAAGACUUCGGUGUUUUCAUGUGUAUAUGCAAUCCGGGUUACUAUGGAAACGGAGAAUAUUGUGAUAUUGACAGAUGCGUGCAGCCUGGUCAAUGUGACAUCAACGCUGACUGUAUCAACACGAUUGGGGCUUUCAUAUGUGUCUGUAGGGAUGGCUUCAUUGGAGACGGUUCCUCGUGUCAAGCGAGCGCAUGUGUGAACGGUAAAUCGGGAUGCAGCCCAAAUGCUUACUGCAUCACCGAACCUAUGACUUACCGAUGCGAAUGUAAACCCGGAUUUCAAGGGGACGGCUACACAUGUGUGUCUACGAAUCCACCUGGCCCGGCAAUCCGACGUUACAGUGACACAUAAAUGCUCGGGCGAAUAUAUAGAGCAACUAACAUCGAACAAAUACCAGUUGGUAGAGAUGGGAAACCCUAUCCCGAACCUACUACUGCUCCGGGUCCUACUGCAUACUAUACUAAUCCUAGCUCACAUUACCCUAGUUCUGGCUCAACUUAUCCGGCGACAUACCAAUCCACCCAACCUGGUGCCAAGGCAAGAAAGAAAGCUAAAUCGGCCAAAAAACUCAAAUCAUUCAAAAGCAAAUCUGUUUUAUCGGUGGCUCAGCAACCAUUCUUGUACGGACCAUUCAGUGCAUUCAGAAACAUUAAGAAAGCUAUGAUUCCUGUCGGAAAUGGUAAAUACUAUCAGUGAGACACAAUCGAUACAGGUCGUGAAAGUUGACUGAAUUAGAAAAUAUCAAAAACUAUGACACUUUUAUUUUAAUGUAUAGAACCACGGGUGUAAAGAUCCAAACAAAAAUGAUAGAGUUCUGAACGAUUUAAAUCUGCGUGAUUCUAACAUGUUUAUUUUGAACGGUCUAUGUGGUGUUUAGUAAAAGCUAGUUUCGCUGUAAGAUGUAAAAUAUCUUCCACAGAUAUGAACUAAAUAGAUAAGUUCAAUUUGAAGUAUAUAAAUGUUCACGAGUGUGUGUGUAUAUAUAACCGUGUGAUUAAACCCGUUGAUACACUG